AUGACCAAGUCCAAUCCGCACAACCUGCAGAAGGGAGACGAUGUCACCUGGAAAUGGGGUAGCCAGCAUCCUCAAGGUACCGUCAAGGAUGUGAAAGACGACGGCGCUGAGGUCAAGACCAAGAAGGGUAGCACAAUCAGCAAGGACGGAAGCAGCGAUGAUCCCGCUGUCGUUAUUGAGACAUCGAACGGCAACAAUGCCGUGAAGAACGCUUCCGAAAUCGACGGCGUUGCCCCUUGA